ACAUGAUCAUGGUGGAUGGUGCAAAGCAUUGGAGAUAUAGCAAUCCCAUUUCAAGCAAACACAACUUUCACUUCUCACUUUCAACAACUUUCCAAAUUCACCAUGUCUGACAAGUGCGGCGACUGCGACUGCGCAGACAAGAGCCAGUGCACGAAGAAGGGAAACACCUUGGUCGUUGAGACUGAGAAAAGCUACGUCAACACUGUCGUGGUCGAGGCUGCGGCAGAGAACGAUGGCAAGUGCAAGUGCGGAGCUAGCUGCAGCUGCACAAACUGCACUUGUGGUGAUCAUUAAGCAAACAUAGAGCAACGAUGUUUUAGCUCAUGGCAAUAUUGGGACCUAAAAAAUAAUGAAAUUUGGGUUGAAUAAUUUGUGUCUUUUUUUGUAUGUGUGUGUUUUUCAUUUCUGUCAGUCACGUCAUGUUCUGUGAUGUAAUGGCCAUGUCUAUGGCCUUGUCUGGUUAAUGAAUUACUAUUAGUAUAAGAAAUUUAUACUUUUUUUAAA